GAGUACCGCCUGCCACGGCCGGCGGCGGGCGCGGGCCGCCGAGCCGAGCCGGCCUAAUUUUAGCCCGCGGCAGCUGGCGGGCGGCGCUGGCGGAGCGCACGGCAGUACACACAGCACGGUGGAAGUCUGGAGAAGGUCGCCGCUGCUCCCUCCCUGUCUGGGUGAAGGUCACCUGCCUCUGCUGCUGGGUGAGCGCGCCGGCUCAGCGUGCACAGACGAGACAGCCACCUGCCUCGCCCGGGACUGGUGUGCCGCGCUGCGCCGGCCGCGGGGCCGAUGGGCCAGGCGGCGCUGUGCUGCGCGGCGCCGCGUCCGCCGCCGCCCGUGGUGGCUGACGUGGAGGGCAGCUGGCCGUACGUCACCGUCAGCCAGAGGAUGGUCUCAAUCCUGCGCUCCGUGGUCGACACCGUGUCCCGGGACGCGCCGGCGCUGACCGAGGAGGCGCAGCCCGGCGGCCAGGAGGGCGUCCAGCAGGCGCUCCGGCAGCUGGAGCAGCUGCUGCAGUCGCUGACCGCCGACGGGCCGCUGACCCCGCUCACCGGGUCCGCCGACGACGUCACCAUGUGGAACGAGGUGCUGAAGGCGGUGACGGCGGCGUCAAAGGACGGGAGAGCGCCCCACUGGCACUCCGGGGAGUGGCUCUACGUCGAGUGCUACAUGUACAGGAAGAUCUGCGACAUACUGGAAACUAAUGGGGUGUCGAAGAAGUAUGACUUCUUCCACGCCCAGAAGGCGGAGAGCUUCGAGAGCUCCAUAAAGGCCGCCUACGACCUGAGUGUGUGGACGCUGGGAGACGUGUUCUCUGGCACCAAACUAUCGCCGACUCGGGUGCAGGAGGCCUUCCAGAACCUGAUGCUGGUCUGUCUGUGGGGGAACAAGAACGACCUGUCGCUCUCCGGCGGGCGGCAGGUGUCUCAGGACGAGUCGCCACUGUCGCAGCUGCCCAUCCUCGCUCAGUUCCUGCUCGUGGACGACCACCAGCGGGUGCUCUCCUAUCUGAGCGACCUCCGCAAGCAGCAGCGAGACAUCCGCGUCGACUUCGUGUGUGACAACGCCUCCUUCGAGCUGUUCUCGGACCUGUGCCUCGCCGACUUUCUGUGCGCCUACCUACUGGCGAACCGCGUCACCUUCCACGUCAAGGCGCUGCCGUGGUUCGUCUCAGACACCACGCGCCCGGACGUGGCCUGGCUGCUGAAGCGGAUGCAGCGCGACCGUCAGGGGCCCGCGCUCCCGGCGCUCGCCGCGCGCUGGAAGCAGCGCUUCGACGCCGGCCAGUGGAGCCUUGCCUCGGACCCGUUCUGGACGUCACCGUUCCCGUUCCGUCGGAUGCGCCAGGAGGCUGCGUCACUCUACCGGCAGCUGGAGAACGCCGACCUGGUCAUCGUCAAGGGCGACCUCAACUACCGGAAGCUGGUGGGCGACCGCCGCUGGCCGCUGCAGACGCCGCUCUGCCGCGCCAUGGAGGGGUUCCACCCGGCGCCCGUGGCGGCCCUGCGGGUGCUGAAGGCCGACCUGGCCGCCGGCCUGCCGCGCGCCGCGGUGCGCCGCGCCCAGCAGAUGGACCCUGACUGGAUGACGGGUGGCAGGUUCGCCGUCAUCCAGUUCUGCACGCAGGUGCCGCCGCUGGACUGAGACGCGCCGCUAGUCAGGGUACCGCCAGUGGACCCUGCACUUAAGUGAAGCUAACGGGUGCAGAUGCUGAGCUCAAAUUCAUGUUUCAGAUGGUGAAUGCUUCUGCUGGACUGAAGUCCAAAUAGUGGGUGUAUCCGCCGGACUAAAGCUGAGCUUGGAGCUAUCUCCUCCGACCUCCGCGCUGGACUGAUCACUGAAGUCAGAAUAGCGAGUGUUUGUUCUGGACUGGAAUUCGGCUUGGGUGCGUGUCCCCGAUGGACGGAACUCCAAAUAGCGAGUGUCUCCGCUAGGCCGAACUCCAAACAGCAAGUGUCUCCGCUAGGCAAGUCCAAAUAGUUCGUGUCUAUGCUGGACCGAAGCUCAGUUUGGGGCAUCCCCUCUGGGCUGAAGUCCAAAUAGCGAAUCAGUUUCUGGACGUACGUCCAUGGACGAGCAGCAUGCAUGCAACUCGUAGCGAGUGUCUCUGCUGUAGGUACUGAAGUUCAGAUAGCGAGUGUAUCGAAUCUCUGAUGGAUUGCAUGGAGAUGCUGCAUAGAUUCAGUGCACAGAUUGGUCGUCUGUAGCCCAGUGCUGCUGCUGCGUCGAUCAGGGAGGUUUGCCUGUAUGACCACUGACCAGGUAAUUGGCUGCGUCUCCACUGGCAGCCAGCAUAACAAUCGUUGCUUUGUCAUAAAGCGGGUUAUAUAAGUUGUGUACGAUAUGACUACUAACAUAUCUGUAUGUAUUCUUUUUAAGCUAGGUAGGUGCCAAUGUCUAUAACUGCCAAUAUCUGUUGUGGCAUUUUGUUAGCAGUAUGUAACUGAUUUGCAACAACAUUUUUCCUCGUCUCUUCGCUUACUAUGCUGUAUAAAUUUGGCCGUCCGGUUGUUGGUAAAUUUAUCGUUAAGUUUGCCAUCCUGAGUGCGUACUUCGAAAUAAAGUGUCAUCUAACGAGGUAUCUGCGCCAAACCAAUGCUUUCUAUGUCCCGUAAAAUGUUUACGCCACAAACAAAGUACAGACACCUUGAGAAUAGCGAAAUUUGAUGUGAGCUUUCACCUUGUGCCUUUCUCGUCUGAAUGAUAUGAUCAUUAUUGCCAAUGUAACUCGAGAAUCACACGAUAAAAAUAUACGAACAUUCAAAUACUA